AUGUGUGUGUGUGCGCGUGCGCCUGUGAGAGUGUGACAGAACGAUUGUCACGGAUAGAGCGAGUCCGUUAUUUUACUGUCACACUCCGGUCCCCUGGGGCUUCUUGGUGGGAUGGUGCACAGCACGGUAGCGAAGCAAAGCGGGAGGAAGUUAUUCGGACGCCUGCUUUCUCCCUCGGACGGUCGGUGUGUUUGGUUGCUUGGACAGUACUCUAUUAAUGUAGUGUAGGACAAACACACAGCUCUGUCUCUCUCUGUCACUGACUGUCCUUAGAGUAUCAGGACCCUCUGCGCGUGUCUUUGGAGACCACACUGUCAGAAGACCAAGAACACUCACACCUGCCCCUUCUUGAAGCCUGCUUUGUGUAACUGACGGAGACGGAAACGGACCUUUUCCACACGGACCUUUUCCCACACGGUCGCAUGCCCACCCGGUGGUACACAUCAGGCUGAUGAUGAUAGGACCAGAGAGAUUUGGGCUCGUGGAGUUACCGCUGCGCCCAGUGAACGUCGAAGGUUCACCUCUCCUGGAGUUGGCGGGAGAGGAGCCGUGCGCAACGGGUGACCACCACGAGAUUGAGAGCCUAGUGACAGCGUCGGUUGAGGUGCCUGUGACUGUUGAAUGCAGUACGUGGGGAGAGAAGACGCCGUUCCACCACGUCAGGUCUACACUGCUCUACACUGGAAGUCUCCUGAGCCGGACUCUGUCUGAGGGGAGCGAAGCAUUCCAAAUCACCAGUAUAUCCUCUGAGGAGCUAGGAGAGAUCCGGCAGGCGUUCCGGGUGCUGGACCGGGAUGGGAACGGGUUCAUCUCUAAGCAGGAGCUGGGCAUGGCUAUGAGAUCCCUGGGAUACAUGCCCAGCGAGGUGGAGCUGGCCAUCAUCAUGCAGAGACUGGACAUGGACGGUGAUGGCCAGGUGGACUUUGAAGAGUUUGUGACGAUACUGGGACCCAAACUUCUGUCGUCUGAGACCAGAGAAGGUUUCCGAGGAAGCACCAUCGAUAACAUCUUCUGGCAGUUUGACAUGCAGCAGAUGUCUCUUGACGAGCUCAAGCAGGUUCUGUUCCAUGCGUUCCAAGACCACCUGACAAUGAAGGAUAUCGAGAACAUCAUCAUCAACGAAGAGGAGAGCCUCAAUGAGACAGGGAACUGCCCCGAGUACGAGGGAGUCCAUCCUAAGAAGAAGAACAGACAGACGUGCGUGAGGAAGAGUCUGAUCUGUGCAUUCGCCAUGGCCUUCAUUAUCAGCGUCAUGCUCAUCGCGGCCAAUCAGAUGCUUCGGAACGGCAUGGAGUAGCCAAUCACAAUGUGAGCCUGGGGAGUGGGCGGAACAGUUAUAUAACCUCACUUCCUCUCUCUGCAGUAAAAAAAAAGGAAGACAGACCAGCCAGAACCCAAACACAUCUGUGAAAGACAACUAUAUGUUCUUUUAAAUAAAGUUUGUUUUGAUUUAUACCGUAAACAGACAAGAGGGUGCAAGGCCUGAAGGACAACAAAGUAAAACGAAAAGCCAUUUUCUUUCAAGUCACUAGGAGGACUUGAUUAACAUAGACUGGAAGGGAUGCAGAGCAAUCGUUUUAUAUUUUGUGGGGAUUAUUUCUUUCAUUUCUGUAUCAGAGAAGGCCAGCCGUUUAAAUUAAGAUUGCUUUUCUAAUCUCCCCUUUAAAAGAUUUUCUAAUCAACAGCAAUCUAUUCAAUAUGCAGCAGGUGCUUUGAGCCAUUCCUGAACUUUUGGAUCAGGGCAAUAUCUGAGGAUACUGAUACUGUACUACUGUUUAAUGUUUUAAACUGUAUAUAAACAUGUUAAUCUGUUAAUUUAAAAAAUAUAUAUAUUGUACUAUCUUAUAUUUAGAUUGUAUAUCUACUCAGUCACUCACCUGUGGACAUUCUACACAUUUAUUUUUACACUGUAACAGAGGUGGUUUGCAACUUAAGGACAGACUUGUGUUAGCUCCCAGAGCAAACACCUAGGCUUUAGCUCAGCUGACUAACAUAGUCUUCAGUAAACUAGUCAACCUUCUACUGUACACCUGACAUUCACUCCCUCACAAUGUUCUUACAAUAUAGUCGACUGUCUAUUUGUCUGCCUGUCUGUAUACACUGCAUGUGACUCUGUGGAUAUUUAAAGGCACUGUAUGUAUGUACAGUAUUUACCAUAUGUUGUGUCAUUCUACGUGUCCAUAGGACAGUGUGCUGUGUGUGUGUGUGUGUGUGUGUGUGCUAGACUGUCUGCUUGGUCAAGGUUGCUUUCUGGUGGCUAAGGAGAGAACUUCACCCAAAUGCUUGGAAUUUGAACCACAGAUAAUACAGUUGUGGUCUAAAAUGUCUUUGACCAGGCCAAUUAAGAUUGCAUUUCAUUCCAGAAGGUUUUUCCCUUUUGCCCUCGUUCACUCCCCUUCACAAAUCUGAUAGGACUAGAUGGAUGAAAGCAUAUGGUGGAAACUCCAACACCUAUCUAACCUGAAGGUUUGGUGGAGCUUUUUCUUUACACCUACUGUACCAAAUCCAGGGCCAAUAUUCAUGAAGCAUCUCAGAGUAGGAGUGCUGAACUAUUACCACCUAGCGGAUUCAUGUCAUUUACACUGCUGGUCAUAAGACUCACAAGGCGUCUUGAGUAGUGCUAAGAAGAUACAUUUGACUCCUACUCUUAUGGGUGAAAAUAAAAGCUAUGCGUGAAGCCGCUUUAGUCAUUAGAGUCCCACCUAGUUGACAGAUAUUUAGGAGUCCUCAUGAGCUGUCCUAACCAGUUGAGGUACCAGCGGGUGCCUUGAAAAGAGAAAAUGCAGCGAGUCAGGGGUUCCUGCACCACAUGCAAUUGCUUUGGAGUUGUUAAAAAAAUGUUUUGAUAUUUCAUUUAUAUAUGGUCAAUCCAUAAAUAAUCUAGACCUACAUGCAACAGUAUUUCUUGAGAUUUGGACAAUUACUUCUCCUUGGCCUAUUUAACAUGACAUGCCUAAAUACUUAUGAUAGGGGUAUUCAACUAUAUCCCUACAAGGUCUGGAUCCUACUAGUUUUCUGUUCUACCUGAUAAUGAAUUUUACCCACCUGGUGUGCCAGCUCUAAAUCAGUCCCUGAUUAGAGGGGAACAAUGGAAGAAAAAAAGCAGUGGAACUGGCUUUGAGGUCCAGAGUUGAGUUUGAGGGCACUAGGCUAACAAAUAAACAUUUUUCUUCUGAUUAUUUAAUUACCUACUUCAUGUUAUCCCUUUGGAGCACAAUAUCACAUUCUUAAAAAAUAUGUCCAAAUUGGGCAUUCCUAUAAAUUGGGCAAUUGAAGGCAUCUAGGGCUUAUGUUAACUUUGAUUGUGUUCAAUGAAAAUGAUAGACCUUUCAAACAUUGUAUGCAACGUUAUCAGCAAGAUUCCUACUGUGCCAAAGCGAUUUAGAGUUGUUAAGUGGGAGUGACGUGCUAUAGAGUUCACAGCCGGAGAUGCCUCAUCCCGAUUAGUUAUUCCACAUCAUUUGCAACAAUGUCAAUGACCGUCAUCACUAUCUUUCCUUUGCGGUACCUCAAACUGUCGUGAUUACCAGCUGAGUUGAUUUUACUCCCGGCUCAGAGCUUGAAUGGGCAGUUUCUUAAAGGUCGCCGUUGGGCAAAAACACAAAAAUAGCGGCUUUAAACUGUAUAACUGAUCAAUGCACCAUCAGACCAGGUCAUUUAAUGCUUAAAAACAAAAUGAUUAAUAAAAUAUUUGGCUACAGAAAGAAGUGCCAUUUGUUAUCGACCUCUACAGCUUCCGUCCAAAAACAAAUCCUUUGAAAUGAUGUCAUCACAUACUGGAGGAGUUACUGACUAGAGAUAGUGCAAAUUUAGCUAAGGAAUUAGCUUCGUCAGUCGCGACACGCAUGACCAGAAUGACACAUCGACGAACCGCCAAAGGCACACCCCAUUUCUGAAAGGGGCGGAGCUGGACUGCAAUUCCUGCCAAAAAUCGACCUUUAACAUUAUCGUAAACCCUAAUCUGAGCUGGGAAUUUUUGUUGUUGUUUUAAAACAGGUUUUAACAAGAUUCCUUUGACCUUUUUCUGAGGUGCUUUGUGGAUACGGGCCCUGGGGACAUAUGUAUCAAGCAGCUCAGAGUAGUGCUGAUCAAAAAUCAGUUUUGUCUUUUAGAUCACAAUGAAUAGAAAGAUUACAUGGACAGGAUGGAGCUAAUCCUAGAUUAGUACUCAUACUCUGCUACACUUGAUACAUACAGCCUCUAAAAUCCACAUAUUGUACACACCGUAACGUGUUCAAGAGACAGAGUAGUUUACAGAGGUCGUUCAUCAUUAAUGUUUUCACUUUCAAUAUCACAUGUGCGGUCUACUACAAUGUAUUUAUAUUCUUGGCCAUGUAGUGUAGCUCAUCACACACAAAAAUCUCCUCGCUGUCUCAGAUAUUUUAAUAUAUUUAUAUGUGAUUGGUCCAUCAGUUUAUUAUAAAACCAUUAUGGUCCCUGACACCAGCAUCUAAUCGUAAUGUAUAUCUAGAUUAGACAUAGUUUUACUAUUGAAAAUGUUUCUGACAUAUCUUUUCCGACCUGGUAAAGGGAAUGUAACGAAAGAGGUCUAUUGCUUGAGGAAAUUUCUGUCACUGAGUUUUCUACAGUGCCUUCGGAAAGUUUUCAGACCCCUUGACUUUUUCCACAUUUUGUGAGGUUACAUCCUUAUUCUAAAAUGUAUUAAAUUGUUAUUUUUCCUCAUCAAUCUACACACAAUACCCCAAAAAUGACAAAGCAAAAACAGGUUUAAAAAAAAAAAAAACACUGAGAUAAUACAUUUACAUAAGUAUUCAGACCCUUUACUCAGUACUUUGUUGAAGCACCUUUGGCAGCGAUUACAGCUUCGAGUCGUCUUGUGUAUGAUGCUACAACCUUGGCACACCUGCAUUUGAGGAGUUUGUCCCCUCUCAAGCUCUAUCAGGUUGGAUGGGGAGCUUUGCUGCACAGCUAUUUUCUGGACUCUCCAGAGAUGUUCUAUCAGGUUCAAGUCCAAGGUCUGGCUAGGCCACUCAAGGACAUUCAGAGACCUGUCCCGAAGCCACUCCUGCGUUGUCUUGGCUAUGUGCUUAGGGUUGUUGUCCUGUUGGAAGGUGAAACUUCGCCCACUGUAUGUCAAUCAAAUGUAUUUAUGAAGCCCUUUUUACAUCAGCAGAUGUCACAAAGUGCUAUACAGAAACCCAGCCUAAAACCCCAGACAGCAAGCAAUGCAGGUGUCUAGGCUUUAGGAUAUGUGAUAAACAGAGUAGCAGCAGCGUAUAUGAUGAUUGUAUGUGAGUGUCUGUGUGUGUUGGAGUUUGAGUGUGUGUGAGUGUGCAUAGUGUCAGUGCAACCAAAUAAAUGUAAGGGUAAAUGCAAUAGUCAGUGUUGCCAUUUUGUUAGCUAUUUAGCAGUCUUAUCGCUUGGGGAUAGAAGCUGGGGACAUACUCAAGGUUGUAAUCGCAGCCAAGGUGCUUCAACAAAGUACUGAGUAAAGGGUCUGAACACUUAUGUAAAUGUGAUAUUUCAGUUCUAUUUUUAAUACGUUUACAAAAAUGUCUAAAAAACUGUUUUUGCUUUGUCAUCAUGGGGUAUUGUUUGUAUUUUAAUCAGUUUUAGAAUACGGCUGUAACGUAACAAAAUGUGGGAAAAAAGUAAAGGGGUCUGAAUACUUUCCGAAUGCAUUGUAUUGUAUCUAUGUCUACCACUCAAGUAUCCCUGUACAUUGUAAAUAUGGUAUUGACACUGACCCUGGAACUGACCCUGUAUAUACAGUAGCUUACUUACUUUCUUGUGUUCUUCUUAUUUCUAUUUCUUGUGUUUUGUCCUACUUUACUAUAUUUUAUAAUACUACUGAUAUUGAUUACUGCAUUGUUAGGAAAGAGCUUGCAAGUGAAGCAUUUCACUGUACUUGUGCACAUGACAAAGAAAUGUCUCUAAAUAGCCUUUAUGACAAGUUAUCUCCAGCACCACCCCAACAUCUACAAAAAAAGAAAGAUGGAGUUAAGUGUUUCCAUUGACAUCAUCAACCAAUUUGGUUAAAAUCACAUGAUACACACCGAUGACGUCAUAGGAAACACUUAUCUUUCUAAAAAAUGUUACUACAAAACAUAGAAACCAUUUUCACAUAUGUUGGGGUGGUGCUGGAGAUUAUGAAUAUGAAGUAGAAAAAUGUUGAGAUUUCCCUUUAAUACUGUCAUAUGCAUGACAAAACACAAUACCUUAGUUACAAGAGGGAUUUAUUGAACAAUGCAAUACAAAUAUAACUGUUCAAAAUA